AGGAGUAUCUUUAUUGAAGGUAAAAUGGCGGACCUGUCUUGGUUGGGCCUUUCGGAGCAGAAAGUAAAGGAGACGGAGAAGAACACAGCACUAUCCAAGCAGUUGAGUUCAAUUAUCUCUGUGGCGGAGGAAUCGCUGACGAAAGCUGGGAAAUCCAAGGAUGAACUGACAAAACAACAGGGGACCCUGCUGUAUCAGCUCGGCACGAAAGUCAAACCUCAAUGCGCUGAGAAUAUUCCACUCGUCGUCUCUUACAUCAUCGAUGGAGGAAUUAAGAAUGAAGCACAAGUCACUGCAGCCCUCGACUAUCUGCUCGCCAAUGCUGUUCACGAUGUGGAUGUGCCAGCUUUUGAGAAAGCGUGUGGAGUUGGCAUUGUUGUUACCCCUGAUGAAAUCGAGGAUACUGUAUCCGUUGUCAUGGAGAAGUAUAAAGAACAGUUGAAAGCCGACCGUUACACAUUCAAUGUAGGAAAGCUUUUGGGUGAGGUGCGCUCACAAUUACCUUGGGCUGACGGAUCGUAUGUGAAGAAAGAAGUCGACCUCCGAAUUCUUGAGCUGCUCGGUCCGAGAACUGUUGACGAUCUUGUGCCGAAAAAGAAGGUGAAGAGGGAAGAGAAGCCACAGGAGAAGAAGUCCGUCUCCAAAAAGAAAUCUCCAGAGCCUAGGCAAAAUGGCAGUGCCACCAUUCAAGAAAAUGGCUUCCCAGAUGAGGGCGAUGGAGCAGCAACUAUCGAGGAGUUGAUGCGGACUCGAGCACACUUCCAUAAGGUUGGCGAGAACUAUAUGACAGACGGCUAUGUCACCACACCGAAGACCAAAGAAUUGUUGAAAAAACAUGUGGAAGCUACUGGCGGAAAGGUGAUUACCAGGUUUCCACCGGAGCCGAAUGGUGUGCUUCAUAUUGGUCACGCAAAGGCAAUCAACAUCAAUUUCGGGUAUGCCAAGGCUCAUAAUGGUUUGUGUAACUUACGAUUUGAUGAUACAAAUCCUGAGAAGGAAGAAGAGAAGUUCUUCACUGCGAUUGAGGAUAUGGUCCACUGGUUAGGCUACACUCCUGCUAGAAUUACCCACUCUUCUGAUAACUUCCAGCAACUGUAUGAAUGGGCCGUAGAACUAAUCAAGAGAGGACAUGCUUACGUUUGCCACCAGAAAGUGGAGGAUAUCCGAGGGUUUGACGUUCAGUUAUCACCAUGGCGGGAUAGGCCUAUCGAAGAAUCGUUACAGUUGUUUGAGGAUAUGAAGAAUGGCAAAUUCGAUGAGGGAGAAGCUACUCUGCGGUUGAAAAUGACGCUGGAGGAAGGAAAGGUGGAUCCAGUGGCUUACCGUAUCAAAUAUGUCCCUCAUCACAGGACCGGCAAUAAAUGGUGCAUCUAUCCGACCUACGAUUACACUCAUUGCCUUUGUGAUUCUAUAGAAAAUAUCACGCAUUCGUUGUGUACGAAAGAGUUCCAAUCAAGGCGAAGCUCAUACUAUGCCCUUUGCAAUAUGUUGGAUAUCUAUUGUCCCGUGCAGUGGGAGUACGGUAGGCUGAACGUGUACUACACCGUCGUCUCAAAGAGGAAGAUCCAGAAGUUGAUCAGUUCGAAGAUAGUGAAUGAUUGGGAUGACCCACGAUUGUUCACCCUGACCGCACUUCGACGUCGUGGCAUACCGCCUGAGGCCAUCAAUGCUUUUGUGGCAAAACUAGGAUUGACGAUGACUCAAAUGGUUAUUGACCCCCAUGUGCUUGACGCUACUGUUCGAGAUCAUCUUAAUGUUACUGCUCCUAGGACAAUGGCUGUCUUGGAAGGCUUAAAAAUGACGAUCAAAAACUUUGAUGAGAUGAACUUACCGUCAACAGUUACUGUGCCCGAUUUUCCAUCAGAUCCUCAAUGCAGUAAAAACCAUGAAGUUGCGUUCGAUCGUGUUGUCUAUAUAGAGAGAUCGGAUUAUAGGCAGGGCCAAUGCGAAAAGGGCUUCCGUAGAUUAACAAAGGAACAGCCGGUUGGACUGAAAUAUAUUGGAAUCGUGCUAAAUGUGAUUGAAGAGAUUACGGAUUCGUCAAACAAUGUUGUUGAACUCGUCGUUGAAGCUUCAUCGCUAACCGAACAGAACAAACCGAAAGCGUUUGUCCAUUGGGUCUGCCGUCCGACCACUGCCGAAGUACGAUUGUAUGACCGAUUAUUCAAAAGCAAAAAUCCAGAAGAUCCGAAUGAAGUGCCGGGAGGAUUUUUGACAGAUAUCAAUGAGGACUCACUGACCGUGCUUUUCAAUGUGUUGAUCGACAAGUCCAUUGCAAACUCCAAGGUCUACGAUCGCUACCAGUUUGAACGGGUUGGCUACUUCAGUGUGGAUCAGGAUAGCGAACCUGGGAAGCUUGUCUUCAAUCGAACCGUGCUACUGAAGGAGGAUGCUGGAAAGAAUUAGUCUCUGGACGUUACCCGUUUUGUUAUGCUCUAAGUCAACCCCAUUUGUUGAACCGUGCUCUUUGUUUUUUGGGCAAUUUUCUAGGUGAUUGUGUGUGUUUUGCAUUUAUGCAUGGGUAUAUCGACGUUUUGUUACGAAUAAAUUUUGCUCUAUAAUUUCUUAGAGAAUGUC